UUAAACUAAUUAAAAUUAGAAUCAAAUAAAAUAUGGUUAAUGCUUGGUCAGUCGCAUGGACAAUAGGCAAUGGAAGAAGAAGCGAUUUUACUUAAGGAUAAUAAUUCAUACCUGGUCCUGGAGCAUAUAAUGUAGAUAAAAAAUAAAUAAUGGUUCCUCCUAAAUGGAAAAUCGGAUCUGAAAGCAGAGGAAAUUAAAAGCCGAAUUAAAAUCCUGGUCCAGGAUAAUACUCUACAAAAACUUAUGUUGAUCAAGGUUCUAAAUAUACAAUCGGAAAUUCUACAAAGCCAAUCGGCAACACAUUUUAAUUAGUUCCUGGUCCUGGCGCUUAUAAUAUAAAUAAAUCAAUUUAAAAAAGGCAACCUUAAUAUUCAAUGAGAAUUAAAAAUAAUACAUAAGAAAGAGUAUUCACUCCCGGACCUGGUGAAUAUUAAUCAAAAUCAUUUGUAUUUAAUAAAUAUAAACGUUCAGUAGUAUUUUCAAAAUAAAAAAGAGACGAUUUGUAUUAAUAAAGUAUAUCUCCUGGCCCUGGAAAUUAUGAUAAUUUAAGACCUAAAUCAGCUGCUCCUGAAUUUAAAUUCGGAUCUGAAUAAAGAGAUUGUUUAUAUAGAACUUAAUAAACACCCGGACCUGGUCAUUAUGAAUAAAAACCUAUUAUGGAAACAGGUAGAGGAAAGACUAUGUUUUCAAGAAAAAAUUAUGAACAUAUUUCUUAAGUUCCUGGUCCAGGUUAAUAUUAAUAAGACACAUCAAUUAUAAAAAAUAAAAAACCUUCAUUUAUAAUUGGAACAUAAAGUAGAGAUUCUUUAUUAAAUUAUUUAAAUAAUAAUCCAGGACCUGGAAGUUAUUAACCUCAAAUAGAUGCAAGUAGAGUUACUUCUUCCAAAAUUAGAAUUGGAACUGAUAUAAGAAAACCUUUAAAUAAUAUUUAAUAAAAUCCUGGACCUGGAUAAUACGAAUAUCAUCCAAAAACAGCAGACGGACCUAAACUUUCUUUUAAAGGUGUAGUAAGCUAAAAUCCUGUAGAUUUAGAAAAAAUAAGAGUUCCAGGUCCUGGUACAUAUGAACCUAAUUAAAUUUUGACAAAAAGAAGACCUUUUACAUCAAAAAUUGGAACAGGAUUAAGAAAAGAUUUAUAUAUGUAUAAAGAAGCUCCUGGACCUGGAUAUUAUAAUCUGAAAAAAGAUCCAAGAGGUCCAAAAUGGGUAUUCGGAUCAGAAAUAAGAGAUUAAUAAAAACAUAUAAGAACACCAGGACCCGGUGCAUAUGAUUUACCUGUUGUUUUAGCUGAUUUACCUAAAUAUGCUAUGACUAAGAGCGCAUAUGCUUCUCGAUGUUGA